CCUUUCUUGGAGCGGCGGCUGCCGCUUGCCUUCUGCUGGGCGUGCGCAUAUGAGCCUGAGCUUCCUCCGCGGCCCCUCCCCCCCCUUCUCGCUCUCGGUUCCAUUCUCUUUCUCGCGUGUCAGAGAGAGCGGCGGUGGCGGCGAAGGCUUCAGCCCUGUCAGCGCGCGGCUCUGCUUGGCUCGAGCGGGGCUUGGAGGGGGCGGCGGCGGCGUUGAGGGAGGACCUCGCAGCAACCUACCGGGCCCGUCCUCGCGUCGUCUCGCUUGACGGAUCCUGCCUAGGCGAGGGAGGGGUGCCGCGUCCGAGGCGGCAAGAUGAGCAUCGAGAUCCCGCCGGGUCUGACGGAGCUGCUGCAGGGCUACACGGUGGAGGUGUUGCGGCACCGGCCGCCGGAUUUGCUGAACUUCGCCGCAGAGUACUUCAGUCGCCUGAGAGAUGCCCGGGACCAGGAGCUGCGGGAGGCGGCCAGGGCCAAAGGGCUCGUCUUCGACGGGGAGCCCAUGCAGACGGAGUCCAACGGCGAGGACGAGCGGAGGGAAGACGUCGACGAGGAGUCCGAUUCCGACUUUGAGCCUCCUGUUGUUAACAGAUUCAACAGAAGAGUAUCAGUCUGCGCAGAAGCAUUUAACCCAGAUGAAGAAGAGGAUGAAACAGAACCAAAGAUAGUUCAUCCCAAAACAGAUGAGCAGAGGUGCAGAUUGCAGGAUGCGUGUAAAGACAUCCUCCUUUUCAAAAACCUAGACCAGGAACAACUGUCACAGGUUCUCGAUGCCAUGUUUGAAAGGAAAGUGCAACCUCAGGAACAUGUAAUUGACCAAGGAGAUGAUGGAGACAACUUUUAUGUUGUUGAACGGGGACUGUAUGAUAUUUUUGUAUCGCGAGAUGGCCAGUCCCGUUGUGUUGGCCGCUAUGAUAACCGUGGCAGCUUUGGAGAGCUGGCGUUGAUGUACAAUACUCCUAGAGCUGCAACAAUCGUUGCUACAACAGAAGGGGCCCUCUGGGGGCUGGAUCGAGUGACAUUCAGAAGAAUUAUACUGAAAAACAAUGCAAAGAAAAGGAAGACAUUCGAACUAUUUAUUGAAUCGGUGCCCCUUCUCAAGUCACUGGAGCCUUCAGAGCGAAUGAAGAUUGUGGAUGUAAUAGGGGAGAAGAGUUAUCAAGAUGGGGAGCGUAUUAUUUCUCAGGGUGAUAAAGCAGACAGCUUUUACAUUGUAGAAUCUGGUGAAGUAAAAAUCUUGAUUAAAAGCAAGACUAUCACACACAAGGAUGCAAACCAGGAGGUGGAGAUUGCUCGGUGUCAAAAAGGACAGUAUUUUGGAGAGCUUGCACUUGUUACCAACAAACCGAGAGCUGCCUCUGCCUAUGCUGUUGGGGAAGUCAAGUGUUUAGUUAUGGAUGUACAAGCAUUCGAGAGGUUACUUGGGCCCUGUAUGGACAUUAUGAAGAGGAAUAUAACACAUUAUGAAGAGCAACUGGUGUCACUGUUUGGUUCUAGCAUGGACCUGACCGAUCCAGGCAAUUAGGCACAGAGUUACCUUGGUGCCUUCUCCAUUCAAGACACAGAAGAGCCUCCUAUUAGCAAACUACACAAAUGAAAAAUGGACACUACGGGACAGUGGCUGUUGGUGUCUUCUUGGGCAUUUUUUUUAGAAACCUACAUAGGUCUCAGCACAGCUGGAUGGGUCAAGGGUCCCUUCAGGCCUCUGCUUUGCUGCUGAAAUUUCAUUAUUAGACCUAGUUUACUGCUAAGUUUCUUUAAUCCUCCUUUCACUUUGCUUGGUUCAGAAUGGCAUGUCUCUCCAACAAUUUUAAGUGCCUGAUACAAAGAUGUGGAGCCCUCUCUGUUGUUCUUGCUCAAAAAAAAGAAAAAAUACAACAAAAAAGUUUGGAAGUGAUUGGGGGUAGGAGGUGGCUCUUACUUGCCUCGGGGACAGCCACCUCCUUGCAGUAUCUUAUUGUCAGUGUUCCUCAUUUCCCCUCAGCAUACCACAUGCUGUGUUUAGUGAUGAUACCCUUGGAUUUGAAAUAGUUGUUAACUCUCUGAGAGGAUGGAAAUAUGCCAGAACUAAUGGGUUUGCAAGGUCUGGGCUCUUGUGCCAUCUGUGGAAUGUGGCAGGUACUGCAGCUCCUUAAGUUUGAGAACUCAAGGGCUGUUCACCUAGUCAAUAAGGAGCAAUGAAACAAAAUGCUUAAAUCAUUAUCUGUAACAGGUUUGUUGGGUUUUUAAAAAAGUACGUGUUUUUUAAGGCUUCGUGGAACUUGAACAGUACUCCAAAAGAUCCAGUGGCCGCAAGAAUGUUGCAUUCGCAUUGUUCCCUAAAGCUUUGUCUGUUUCUUAAAAUUGGAUUGAUUUGUGAUCUCAUGAAAAACAGCAGCAUGUGACCCAAAUUCCUGCUCAUUGAGAUCCUUUGUACGCCUAGAUUUCACAUGGCACUGCCCCCUGGGCAGAAUCAAGUUUUAAUGCUUUUCUUUUUUUUAAGUAGCAGUUUAAUCUCUCUAUCCUUUUUUGGUAAUUUAAAGAAUAUGUACAAAGGGGAGCUCCCUUCAGCAGCAGUGUUUUACAGUAUUCUUCGACAUAAUUAGAUACACAUUUUCCAAAUGCCAAAUCUAUUUACUAAAUCUUUUGAAAAUUAUCAACAUUUUACUUCAGAAGUGAAUGUUUUUUUUUUAAAAAAACAACAGCCUAAAAUGAAAAAAAAAAUUGCAUUUACUCUUUGGGCAAUUGGUAUGUGGAUGAAGGUAUUUUUCAAGCUCAGAUUCAGUUAAUGAAUGCCAUUUCUCUAAAAAAAAAAAAGGCUAAGGCAGCAGCAUUUUAAAACAGGCAUCUGUUUCUAUACCAAGGCUUUCCAAAAGUAACAUCUGGAUUCAGUUUUAUCUGAGUAUUUUUCCAAGAAGUGGACCUUAAAACUGAGCUCCUAAAGCAUUAAAAACCAACCAAUUUAAGAUACUGAACUAGUAAACAGUAACUUCACUAGAUCUUUUCAUUAUCUGUUUUUCUUAGCAUGUUAUAAAUAUUUCAGAUGUAGACUUCUACUAAUUAUGGGUUUCAGACUGAGAGAAUAAACGAAAAUGUACUUAUCAUGGCCCUGAAAUAAUUCCACCAUCUGGAAUUCAUCUGUCCAGGCAGUGCCACAGAUAACCUGUGAGUUGUGUCCUAGCUGGUAUCAAUUUUCUAAACUGCUAUGAUUUUGGUUUCUAUAUUGGUAACUAAUGAUGGAAUUUUAAUACUUUGUUGAAUCAGGGUAUGAUAUUCUACUAAUUUUAAGUUAAAAGGCCUUUUUUGGGGGGUAACAAAUGCCUUUGGAAACGAUACUGACUCCCUGGUGACCAUAUCAUGUUCAUUUUUCUAAUGCCUCUAUUUACUAGAGAUGCACUCGCUUACUAUCUUGAAAGUCAGAAGAAAAUACACUUCUUUCAUUGUAAUAUUUUUUGCACCAAAGAUAUUAUUUUUAAUUGUAGGAUUCUUUCUUUGGGUAAACUUCUUCUAGGCUACGAAUUUAACGAAGGGGGUUGAGGAGGAGAAAAGGAUCACUGUGGAGCAGACACGGGUUGUGCAGCCAGUACUGGAGUGUCCAAGCCAGUCUUGAGUAUUCAUUAAGCUUUUGCAGAUUUUCACCUGAGUCAAAGUCAUGCCCUCAAGAUAAAGCUUUUGAGCCAUAAUAGGUUCUGCUCUCAUUUAGGCAUCUGAUUUGUCCCAGAGGCUUUUGGUUGCUAGCCAAAUACCACUUGGCUUUGGUUACACAGAAUUACUUCUUUUUUUCCCCUGGCCAAAAUCAAAGACCAUUCGCUAUGCUUCUCUCUGAUGGAAGUGCAAAAGAAAAAAAAAGUUUGAUAGGGCAAAGAGCAAAUGUGCGGAAAGCUGUACUCGGAACCGAAAGCCAGAGUGAGGCUUGAAUUAGGCCAUGAUGAUUGUUCCUGAUUUGUAAAUUGGGGGGGGGGGGGGGAUAGCAACAAAACUACACUUAGUGCUGAGUUGCACAACCCUAAAACUGGUCUUGUUGUUCCAAUCCAUGUAAAUCUUUUUUUUUAAAUUUGCAUAUGUAUGGAUAGUAAAAUUAUUGUGUUAAUUGCUUUCUCAAGAGCACAGUGAGAGAAAUCCACCUGUAGAUUACAAUCAGAAUGAGACCUGCUCUUUUUUUGAGGGGGGGCCUGUUGGAUUCAAAUGAGAGUCCAGUUUGCAGGUGUGUGGAUUACCCCUGUGCUGAGGAGAGCACAUUGUUUUUGAAAAUGAACUGUUUCAGAUUUGCCUGAAAGGUAACAAUUUGGGGUUUGUAAGUGAUCUGUUGUGCAAUAUUUACAGUGCUCUAACUCUAGCUUCUAGUCAUGUAUUCUCCUUGCGCCCCCAUUCCAGCUGGAGUCUGGCCAUGCUGCGAGUGAUCCUACCCCAUCUUUGGAUCCUUCACUUUGACUGUAUUAACUUUCUAAAAAACAAUUUUUUAUCUGAUCUUGCUUACAGAUUUUGUGUUUUGUCUCUAUAUCACUCUGUGUAAAGGGGGAAAGAAACCUGCUCAUGCUUUGCAUAAGACCAUUGGCGAUGUCUAGCUUUAAUAAGAGAACUCAGCAGCAAAGUGGCUAAAGACUGGUGUCAUCUGAGACUCUGUCUUUUUUUUUUUUUUAAAAAGCUUCUUGUCAUUUGUGAAGUCACUGGGAGAGAAUAUUAGUGUUCUGGUAUUAUAUUCCUGUUAACGUCACAGCAGACGUUUUCACAGUGUAUUGAAAUCCUUUUCUUUACAAACAGCAAAAGAGUGCAGAUUUGGACAAAGAAAAAAGGCAACCCUUUUCAGAUGUUCUGGGCAUGUGUUUGUAAACUUGCCAAAAAUACAACUUCUCUAGGUUUCGCUCCCCCCACCCCAGUCAUCUUUUGUUUGAAUUUCGCUGGUAGAUCUCUCUCCUCCACCCUCCCUCCAGUUUCUCCAGUUGCAUUUCAUUGGGGAGAGGGCUUUUCUUUGAUUUCUCCAUGUACAGGCUAUAGGGCUAUGCUGAACCUUGAUCACCCAGCAGCAACAAUGUCCCGCAUCUCUUAGGAGCAUGACACACACAUUUGCUGUGCCUAGCUAAAGCUUAAACCACACACUGCCAAUGCUUUCCUUCAGCCACAAAAAGUCAUUCUAGUCCUGCAUUAAAAUGCUACCUCAAGGCUCCAAGUGCUUUAAAUGUGUCUUGCCUGUGAGAAUCCCACAAAUUGGUCUGUUGCAUUUGGUGUUUGGAAUGUUCUUUUUAAAAAAAAAUUGCUGGGUGGGUGGGGGUUGUUGUUUUGAGUCAUUUUUAUAGCAAAAUUGCGUGAAGAUAAGUUCUUGCACUAUACAGUAUUGCACAAGAUAAGGAGUAAACAUCUGCCAUAUAAAGAUCCUGGUCUCAUUCUGAUCUGGGGCUUGAGGUCACUUCCAACUAAUAAAAGCUGACAUGCCAUGUCCAACCUUCCUGAUUACA